AUGCAGGCGCAGCCGAACACCUCCUUCAUUGGCGACUUGCUGCGGCUCUUUCGCAUCGAGCUCUGUCGCUCCAUAUUUGUGGCCCAGAACGACGACGGCGCCAUAGGUUAUAGCGACGACACGGCUCUCUCUGCCACCGGGGUGCGCCCCGAUGGAGAAGAGAGCAUGGACAGCGACCGGCCGAACAAGUUGAAGGACGGUUCUGCCUUGUGUGCGGGCGGAAACCUGACACGGGCCUACUUUGAAGAGGCGGAAUCCCUGCGGCGCGCAAAGGCGUUUUUGACGACUGCCGUGGCGAAGAGCACCUCCGGCGAGUCCCUUCUGCUCCUGCAGCGCAGCAUAGAGGACAAAGAUGAGCAAAUCGUCUGGUAUGAGGCGGAGCUUGAGCGAGUUCGGCGACAGUUCGAUCAGGUGAGCGACGAGUGCCGACAGCUUCGCCAGAAGCUGGAGGUGGACGCGCAGGAGGCCGCCUCCAUACAGCGGCAGCUACAGCGCGAGCUUCAGAUCCUCCACGUCGAAAACAAGGAUGUGCAGCUACAGCUCUUCCGACUGCGCAAACAGAUGGCGGGUGGCAAUUCAAACCAACUCAAGGAGGGGUAUCGGCAGCUGAAGCUGAGCAAAAUCGCGCAGACGCAGAGCUUGUUUGACGAGGGUGAUGAGCGGGUGGUGCUGCUGGUGCUGCUUGGGCAGGUAGAGAGUCGCGUGAACGAGAUCUUGGACGCUUACGACAACGAAUACGUACUCACACCAGAAGCGUUGCGGCGGGACCUGCGGAAUAGGAUGGCCGAGAAUGUUGUGGUCCUCCUGGAGGACAUGCACUUUUGCGACACAGCAUACCGGCGCCUGGUCGCAGCGCGCUGCAGUGGCGGCAACAAUAAGAGCUCGGUGGCGGCUGGCGACAACGUUGAUGAACCAGACGUGCACCGAAUCCCUCUGGAGCUCGUCCACACUGGUAACGACGAGGAGGCCCCGGAUGAGACGGAUGGGUUCGUGGCCAUUUUGUUUGACCAACGUGUGUAUGAGCACUUUCAGGCACGGCACGCGUUGCAGGCGCGUCUGCAGCAGUACCAGGCGAUGAGCAAUGCUAGUUCAGGGCAGGCGAAGGACACGCAGCCAGCGCCCAGUAGCGAGACGGACCCCGUGUACCCGGAUCCAUCGACGUUGCGUCAAGAAACGCAGACCACGGUAACACCGGAGACGACGCACGACAAACGCGGCUCCUGCUUGCGUGGACGGGCGCAUUCGAGGGCCGAGCAAAGCGGCGCGUUGCCGCGGCCGGCCACGGAACACCAAGACACCGUGGGUGGCGGCGACACGGCUGGAGCGCUAGAGCCGCAUCCGCUUUGGCCCGCAACGGACCUUCUACCGCUUUCUGCGACUUCUGACGGCUCCCCGUUGUCGUCAUCACCGGCGCCCACGCUGCCGACGCAUAGCAGCAGGGCUACCCUGACAGCGCUGCCAGGCAUGCCUGCUGCCCACCGGGGGCCGUUACUGGAGAGGGCUAGCCGAGCUCAGCGUGCACAAUGGGUCGCCAACAUUCUCGGACCCUCCGCCACCUCCGUCGCCUUCACCAUCCCGCGGCCCAACUCGGAGCAGGCAGAUGUGGUGGUGGUGCAGCGGAGGUUACCCGAGGUGGUGCCGGCCGAGGCGGCCAUGCAGCGCGUUUUGCGGCACCCCAUGGAGGAGCUCAGCAGCGAGCGAUUCCUUUCCACUGUUGAGGUGUUCACCGGCGAGGACCCGGUGCAGCAGAAGCUGCUGUGCCGUAUGAACUACGUCGACCCCUCGCUGGCCAUUCAAGUACCCGACACAACCAACUUUGUGAAGGUCAAGUAUGCCCACGCUGAGAACGCGCGCGCGGUGGCCGCGGCUGGGCCGGCUGCGAGGGGCUCAACGGCGUCCCAAUCGGCUUCCGAGUCGAGUAAUGGCGGAGCUGGAGGCGGCUCUGGCGUUUACGGUGGAAACCCUAGCCUUCGCCUUUUCAAGGAGCUCGGCAGCAAGAGUCUUGUCGAGAACAACCCAGGGCUGCAGUACCGCGCCGGCGCAGUAAGCUCGACGACGGCCUCGACCGUCGCUUUCCAGCGGCUGAACCCGCUCUCGCCCGACCGUGCGCCGGAGUGGCUGCUGUACAAGCAGCUGUUCGGGGCCUACCGCUCCCUCACGCCGCGUAUGAUUGAGGUGACCACCAUCGAUCACCUCAUGGCCUGCGCCUCGGAGCGCUUUUUCAUUCGCAUGGAGUAUCGCUACGACGAGUGCCUCGCGCGUGCAGCGCAGCAGUGUGCGAACCUGCAGCUGCGCCGAGAUAUGGCGGAGCGACUCUUCAAGGACAUGUACGUGCUCAGCGACUUUCAGGAGGCGUUAGUCGACGAGCUUGAGGCGCGGUACGGUUAUCCGGAGCUGGUGGCGAAAACGCUGUACGAAAUUCUGUGCUACCUGGAUGCUGUGGUCGAGAAGGACAGCGUCCUGGCUGCCUACCUCGACGUGAUUCGCGGCUUUGUGUCCCCGACGCAGGUGCACUUCGUGUCGUAUAUGUUGUACCAUCUGAGUUACUGCUGGCCCUCCGCCGACCCUACCGUUGCAGUCGCCGCCGACGAGGUGCGCACCGUCUUCGACUACCUUUACCGCAACGCCUCCCCGAUGCUUCUGAUUGACCCGGAGAACAUCUUUAAGGACUACAAUAUGGCCUCUCGCUCUGCACCGCUGACUUUCGUCAGCAUGCGGCAGUUUCUCGCCUCAGCGAUGGUGCACAUGGAAGAGCCGCUUCUGCUACUCCUGCACGGCAGCUUCCAUGCGUACACGCAGCGAAAGGCAACGGAUGAGAUUACUUGGGACACGUACGAGGCCGUUAUCGCGAAGUGCGGCCGCAUGAAGGAGGAACGGCGGAGUCUUGUGCGCUUUCUCGCCAGCGGGCUCGGCGUCAACCGGCGUACGUUUGCCUCUCUACAGCAGCUCACCUUUCUGGCAGCCAGCGCGUGGAGUUCCAAUUUCUGGGUCUGA